CCAUAGGCUGCACUAAAAAAAAAACAGAGCAGACCAGCGCUCUUUCAGCAUCCUUUCAGACAAGAGCCUAUAGGUCUGCUGCAGAGAGCACAAUAAAAGAACUCUCCAAGCAUGGCAACCUUCAACAACAGUCCCUGGAACGCGACUACGUCCCUUUACCAAUACCUUGGUUUUCAAGUGCAAAAGAUUUACCCUUUCCAUGAUAACUGGAACACUGCCUGCUUUAUUAUUCUGGUUCUAUUUAUCUUUACUGUAGUUUCUCUGGUGGCGUUGGCUUUCCUUUACGAGUUGCUUGACUGUUGCUGCUGUGUGAAAAAUAAAACCAUGAAAGACCUAGAGAAUGAAUCCAAUCCAGUUAGAACCAUGAUGGACAGCUUUAGAAAGAGAGAAACAGAAGUGGUGUAGUAAUGAUUGAUCACUAGAACUCACAGAAGAACCAACAAGAAAAUGAAGCCUCUUGCAUCUUAUGAGCAAGUCAUGUGCUUUUUGGGCCUUAAAAAUCAUUAUUAGCAACAAUUAUUUCACUUCUGGAUGUGAACUUGAAUGGCUAGCAAAAUCUUUAUAUGGCCCACCUGUUAGAAUGUUAUGUGGGAAGAAAGAUUUUCGUUUUUAAAUGAACUUUUGUCAUCUAUAUUUGAUUACUAGAGUAAAUAUUUGUUCAUCUGAACAAUUCACAAUGUUGCUUAAUUGGAGAAAUACAGAUCAAUCUGAUUGUCACCCUCACCCCUGCCAUCUCAUGUCUCCUCCUUGGUCUAUAAGCUUCUCCCAUAUGUUUGCCUGCCACAGCCACAUGCAAUACACCUUAAUGUGAAAGGAUACUUCUGUCCAUGUGUGCCCGAAAUCAGGAGAGGUGGGUUGGAUUCCAGAAACUCCUUACCUUUCAGCACCUCUCCUUUUGGGGGAAGUUUGCACAAAAUUUACCCAAACAAUAGUAGUCUUCUUAAAAACAAGUUUA